UUGACGUAUAUAUUGCCUUGAUACAUUCCAGAAUAUCAUCAAGUUGUUAUAACCCAUAUAUUUGCAUUGUAAUCUAUACCAAUGCCGCCCAAACGCUCUUAUGAAGACCCCGAACUGAACUACAGCCCACAUGUGGAUAACAAGGGUAACGGGCCCUUAGACCCCAUUUUUGGCCAACGCCAGGCGUUUCCCGUGGCGGCAUCCAUCACGAAUGCUCUGCAAAUCAAUUGGGAGGAAGCGUACACCGACGUGGAAGCGUACUUGAGCAUGGUGAGGUACGUGUGAGCUCCCUCGAGGGUUUCCCGUUUCUCAGAUUACUAAUAAGGAGCAGGGUUGAAGCGGAAACAAAGCAUCAAAUUAUGUUUUCAGACACGAAAAAAUCAAAGACAGGGUCCAGGGUGUCGCCUGUAGCUCUUGAUGCUGUAUUAUAUGAGACUGACCCUGUAACGUCUGAAGGAAUCAGCAUUGACCCCCAAUCAGUCAUCCACGCUGAAUGGCACCAGGAGUUUGUGGCCAGGUUCUCAGCUACGCGACAAGCCUUCUCAUCGGCCCCAUUGGAACCCGUAAACACAAUCCUCCCCACCACGUUCGCUGGCUGGCGCAGCCUCUUUUUUACCACUGAUCCAGAUAUGAACUGCGUGCGGCUGUUGGACCACCAGACAGCUAUCAAGCUUGUGAUCUACGCAACGAAAUGGUUAAACCGUAGCACCAAUGCCAGUCUCUCGCGUUGGGUAUUAGCGUUACUCGUUCGGGUUCCUGAGGUUUUGGAGGCCAGCGACACGUCCUAUGUGCGGCAUCUUGGUCUCAAGGCCCUUAAACUACAGGGAAAGGAAACGUCCUUUACUGCAAAGCUCACGCACGAGUGUGUGGUGAGCAUUGUAGGAGAUAUUUUCCGCCAAAGGGAUUUGCUCGACGGUAUGGAAAGGCGCUCCCAGGAGGUUAUAGAUGGAAGCAGAAGGGGCUAAGUACCAAGGACUUUAGUCUGACGGAUUUUGGAAACUUUUCUUCUGGCCGUAUCGGAGUCAGCACGCCAUGGUUACACCCCACACGAGAUGAACUCCCGUUUUUACACAUCGUGCUUUCGACUAAUCAAUGUGGCGCUAAUCGAGCCGUGCAAAAGUAGCUAGUUUAUUGGUCUACAGUUUACAUGUAUGGAAGUAUCAAUCCAGGUACGAAAACUGCAUCACAUGAACUCUUUGGUGCAUUGGUCAACAAAUAAAAACAGUUAAUGUUGGCACCUAAUUCAGACCUUGUUUUCCGUAUGACCAACAUUUCUGCUAAAGUAUUCAUUCACAGAGACCUGUAAUUAUAAUCCAAG